UGAACGUCGUGGAGGCCCUUCAGGAGUUCUGGCAGAUGAAGCAGUCGCGUGGCGCCGAUCUGAAAAACGGAGCUCUCGUGGUGUACGAGAUGGUCCCUUCCAACAGCCCCCCCUACGUCUGCUACGUCACCUUGCCGGGAGGGAGCUGCUUUGGCAGUUUCCAGUUCUGUCCGACCAAGGCUGAAGCCCGAAGGAGCGCGGCGAAGAUUGCGCUCAUGAACUCGGUCUUUAAUGAGCAUCCCUCCCGGAGGAUCACAGAUGAGUUCAUUGAGAAGAGUGUUUCGGAGGCCCUGGCAUCUUUCAACGGCAAUCGAGAGGAAGCCGAUAAUCCCAACACCGGGAUCGGUGCUUUCCGCUUCAUGCUGGAAUCCAACAAGGGAAAAUCAAUGCUGGAGUUCCAGGAGCUGAUGACCGUCUUCCAGCUGUUGCAUUGGAACGGCAGCCUCAAAGCCAUGCGAGAGAGGCAGUGCUCACGGCAGGAGGUCCUGGCUCACUACUCCCACCGCGCCCUGGAUGAUGACAUAAGGAACCAGAUGGCCAUGGACUGGGUGAACAGGGAGCAGAACAGCCCAGGGGCCCUUUCCAGAGAGCUGGCUUCGACGGAGAGAGAGCUGGACGAAGCCCGCCUGGCUGGGAAGGAGCUGCGCUUCCAUAAGGAGAAGAAAGACAUCCUCAUGCUGGCAGCGGGCCAGCUGGGGAGCGUGCACUCCUCCAACUGCUAGUCCCUGGCGUGCAAGCCGUUCCACUCCCCCAGGCCUACUAACACCUCCACGCUGACGGGAUCCGUCCCGCGUCACGUAAAGCAUGUAAUGCCUCUUCCAGAAUUGUGGCCCGUUUGCACAUUUUAAAGGAUUUUUUUUUUUUUUUAAAAAAAACAACAAAAAAAGCGCUCCUGUACAGAUUUUUAAACCUUUUAAUACUUGCUUCUAGACCUACUCCUCAGCCUCCUAUCCGCUAGAGAGUUCCUUCUGUCACCUUUUUUUUUUUUAAAGACGGCGUUAAAAAUGCAGCCUUUCAGUAUUAACACCGAAGACCUCCGCCGCACGUUGGUACUAUAUAGUCGGCAGUAUUCCACGAAAUGUAGCACUUCUGCCAGAAAGCUUCUGUUCUUCGGAGCUGAUGCAUGUCGUGCAGACCUCCUUUUUUUUUUUUCUUUUUUCCUUCUAUAGUAGAGGGGGGCGUCUAUCGAAACUCCUUCUUGAUAAGCUCAGUAAUAAAAAAAAGAACAACAAAACACAACCACCGACGCAUUCUCUUUAACCCUAGAAUGCAAGCUGCGUGGGGGAAUACUCCCAAGCAUGUAAAAGGGAUUUAAAAACCGGGAUUUUGUUUUGGCCAGACUUAAGCCUGGGGAUCGGUCUACGGAAUUCCAGUUCCAAGCUCAGGCGGGAUUCGCAGGUACCCCUGCAGCUGUCGGUGGCUGUGGCUGUUCCUGCUCUGGCCUUCCGCUCGUGGGGUGGGACGUAGUUCAUUCUCUAACGAAUGCACCUAACGACAAACUGACUGCAAGGCCCUGCGGUGCUUAAGGGAUUGGACUUGGCAGUUUAAUUAGUCGGCACCGGGCUAAUUAAUCCUGCUCCCCUCCUUUUCGAUCCGCUUUGGGUCCUCACCGCAUUUAGCCCAGUCUGGCGGUGCGGGAUUCCUGUCCCCAGCACCGGCAGUCGGGGGGGGUGUGAAGCGGCCGGAUUAUUUUGCUGGCAGUGGAGCGCCGGUGGUUUUUUGGCUUCCCCGGCCAAGCUGGGGAGACGCGGAUUUUUUUUUUUUUAAAUCUUGCAAGAAAGGAGAGAUGGACAUGCUGUUCUCUCCGGAGCGGCUUCCAAACCAAAUGUCAGACUUGGCCUUUUCAAGGAAGGUUUCAAAAGCCUUGCCAGAGUUUCAGAACUCGCUAGCAGUAAGAGGGGAAGCUGCUCAGCUCCUCUCCCCGAAGAGGCUUGCGAGUACCAGUUAACUAGGACUGUGCUUAAGUCUUCAUUCACUAGAACUGUGUUCGGGUCUUUGUUCACUAGAACCGCGUUUAAUCCUUCGAACCGGAGCACAGAUCCAGCCCCAAGCAGCGAAAGCUCCGGCUAGGCUUUGGCUUCGACUCUGCUUUGCUUCUGUCAGCCAGAUAAAGGGGUCCGACCCUUCGCCGUGCCUAAUUUACGCCGCCCAGCUCCCUCCGCAGGUCCC